AUGCUGGAAGGCGGCUUGGGAGGCGGCUUGGGCUUUGGGGAGGGGGGCUUGGGCGGCGGCUUGGGCUUUGGGGACGGAGGCUUCGGCGGCUUGGGCUUUGGGGACGGGGGUUUGGGCGGCGGCUUGGGCUUUGGGGAGGGGGGCUUGGGCGGCGGCUUAGGCUUUGGAGAGGGGGGCUUGGGAGACGGAGUUGUGGCGCCCGCGGCGGGAGCGACCGGUGGACCGCUCAGCGCCAGAAGCAGCAUGGCCAGGGGCAGGACGGGUCUGGACGUGGGCCCCGAAAGCAACGCCCUCAUCAACAAGGCGCUGUCCGACUGCAAGACCGUGCUGUGGAACGGGCCCAUGGGCGGCGCCACCACCAUCAUCGGCGGCGGCGACUCUGUGGCGGCGGUGGAGCAGGCGGGCCUGGCUGACAAGAUGAGCCACAUCAGCACCGGCGGCGGCGCCAGCCUGGAGCUGCUGGAGGGCAAGGUGCUGCCCGGCGUGGCGUGCCUGGACGACGAGUGA